AAUAUCAAUACAAUGGCUGUAAAAGCCGUCAUUAUAGUUCGGAUUUUAAAUCUACUUGCAGCAACGUUUAUGAUUGUUGGAGCAGUUGCAUUCAUUUUACAAGGAGGAUUUCCAAGUUUUAUUUUGGCCGUUUAUUGUAUAAUUUUUGGUAUGAUGAUAGUGAUGUUUGAAUUCAAGUUACGAGAUAAAAUUGCAAAAGCUGCUCCUUUUAUGCUACACUUUCUUGGUCGUGCUAUGUUUUAUAUCUUUAUUGGUUGUAUCAUCUUGAAUUAUAAUCCUUUAUCUUUAGCUUGUGGUAUCAUUGUCAUCCUUAUUGGAGUAGCUUUUGCUAUUUGUCACUUUAUUCCUCAAAUGGAACUUCCAAAUAAUAUGCAAUUAUCCACUGAUCACGAAUCGAUUCAACAACAACAACAACAACAACAACAAUAUCCAUACACUGCUUCACCUCAACAAUAUAAUAACUCUAUUGGUCAUUCUCCUUUUAUCAGCAACAUGUCACCUUCUUAUUCACAAAGCGUUGCCCAUCCAAGUCCUACCAUUCCUCCACCACAAGAAUCCAUGCCUUAUCCACAAAAAACCUACAUUUCCAAUGAAUCUCAUAUAGUAUAGCGUUUGUAUAUUUCCUUUUUAUUUUGCUCUAUCAUAUACAAUAAAAAUAAAAAAAAAUAAAUGUAUCUUAAC